ACCUCAGCUUCAACUUUGAAGCAGGUGUUGACACCUCAGUAAAAAAACUCUAGCCUAUCAAAUUAUAACAAUAAUACACCUAAGCUAAAAAACAGUAGUCUGUCAUCGGAUUACCCUCGAAACCUUUACGGUCACCCUUCCUACAUAUGCGAAUGGGUCUCGUCCGACCCGACUCAAGAUCCGAUUUUAACCACCGGGUCUAAAAUACUAACCGACUGAGGCUACGGCGGAUCUACAUAACAGUCGUCGUUAACUGCACAUUCUCGUCACUCUCCACCGUGAAUCCACAAAACUCCGGCGGUAAUCUCAUCCUCCACGCCACCACCGGAGAUCCAGAACUCAACCUCACCGAUUCAGUCCCAGUCCUAACCGAAUCCCCAAACUCCGUUGAUUUCGAUCUCUACAACUAGGCACCAUAGCCAAGAAGAAGUAUGAUUACCUUUACGACGGGCGGCUCUUCCCUCUACGAUAACCUGAGCCCGCAGCGAGUCAGAGAAUGGAUCGCUUACCACGUCAGAAUCUUCGGCAAACGUUCCCAUUUCGUUUUACACAACGCCGGAGGGAUACACGAGGAAGUGUUUGAGAUUCUAAAGCCGUGGAUUGAGCUAGAGAGAGUGACGUUACAUGAUAUCAGAGUUCAAGAAAGGUUCAAUGGGUAUUACCAUAGCCAGUUCAUAGUUGUGAAUGAUUGUUUGCAUAGGUAUAGGUUCAUGGCUAAGUGGAUGUUCUUCUUCGAUGUCAAUGAGUUCGUUUACGUUCCGGCGAAAGAGACGAUCUCGUCGGUUAUAGAAUCUUUGGAAGGAUAUUGUCAGUUUACUAUUGAAUAGAAUCACAGAUGCCUAUGAGUAGUCGGAUUUGUUACAACGGUGAUGGUCCGGCCAGAACUUACAGAAAUGGGGGAUUGAGAAACUGGUGUAUAGAGACGUCAGUUCCAAGACGGGAUCGGAAAUACAUGGUUAAGCCUGAGAAUGUAUUGGCAACAGGAGUCCAUAUGUCUCAGAAUCUACAAGGGAGAACAUACCACAAGGCCGAGAGCAAAAUCCGUUACUUCCAUUACCACGGUUCCAUCUCUCAGCGACGUGAGCUUUGUCGUUACGUCUUCAAUGAUUCUAACGUUUUUUUCGAGAACACUCCGUACGUGCUCGAUACUACAAUCUGUGACGUUGGCCUUGCUGUGAGGACGUUUGAGUUGAGAACGAUCGGUGACCGGUUGCUACGGACACGGCAAUGAAGAGAAGAGAUGAUAAAAAAUAAUAAAACUGAAUAGUAAAUGUAAUAUUCAUCUUAAGAAAAAAAUCAGAAGUUGUCAAGAUUGGGGCAUUACAUUAUUGUUUUCUUUUGGGGGUAUAAUCUUUUAUUGUAUCAUAGUUUAGGUAAUGGGUUCAGUAAUACAACUUUUAAACUCUUUGGUGCAUAUAUAUAUAUAUAUGUACAUAUAUAUGUUCUUCUGUAUGGAUUAGAAAAGGUCACUCUUUAAGUGUAA